GCAUGGUUGAACUGCGGAGUACACACGCCUUUGUCAAGUGGCUUGUUAAAAUGUUCCUUUCUGUUCUAAAUUAUGACUUGGCCAUCUAGAAGUCUGGACAAUUCGAAUACGGAGCGUUUUCAUUACAGUCUACUCCGCAAGGUGUUUCUCAUCUUAUUUGUCUAUAACUGCAGUCCAAGAUGACUGGAUACAUAGGCCUACUUUUUGCUGUUCUUCAAAUGGUGAUUCUUAUAGUUGAAUGUGCGAACUUUCGACGUGUGUGUUACUAUGCGUCGUGGUCCAAGUGGCGUCCUGGAGCCGGGAAGUUCCUCGUAUCCGACAUCGAUCCUCAUCUCUGCACGCACAUCAUUUUCGCCUUCGCUGGCUUUGACAAGGGGACAUCAACCCUCACAACACCAACACGUGACGAACGCACGAUGUAUGCACAGCUCAACGCCUUGAAAACAAAAAACCCACAACUGAUAACACUUCUAGCGGUGGGUGGCUGGAAUGCUGGGUCCGAAUCCUUUUCCCGACUGACAGGAAACCCCACCAAGAGAAGCGAUUUUGUCGCCGCGCUCGUCAAACAAGUGAAGCAGUACGACUUUGAUGGCGUCGAUAUUGACUGGGAAUACCCCCAGAGUGUAGAAGACAAAAACAACUACGUUGUACUCUUGAAGGAUUUGUAUAGUGCAUUUAAACAUAGCCAGGUGCAAUCAGAAAGGCUGUCUGACUAUCUCAUUGCGUGUGCCGUGCCCGUCACGCAGUACAGGCUCCAGUUCUACGAUGUUCCAGGCAUGACCCAGUAUGUGAAUUUCUUCAACGUCAUGACCUACGAUUACCAUGGCAGCUGGGAAAAGCACACCGGAUACAACAGCCCUCUGUUCAAGAGAAAGGCCGAGUCACAUGGUCACGCUACGUUUAACACGGACUGGGCAAUGAGGCACUGGGUAAAACUAGGAACACCAAAGGAAAAACUAAACCUUGGAAUUGCAACAUAUGGCCGAAGCUGGAUUUUGAAUUCAGUCCACCUGAAUGGAAUUGGAGCACCAGCAAAUAAACCUGGACAAGGCCAAAAAUAUUCACAAGAAGCUGGAAUACUAUCUUAUUAUGAAAUCUGUACAAAGCUGCCAGGUGGAAAGAAACUUUUUGACUCGGAGUCCAGGGUUCCUUACUUUGUGGAUGGGACAUUAUGGGUCAGUUAUGACAGUCCUCGUAGUGUCACCGAAAAGGCACAGUAUGUUAAAACAAACAAUAUUGGAGGAGUGAUGUUUUGGACAAUUGACUUUGACGAUUUCAACAACCAGUGUGGUGGAGGGAAGUACCCUCUUCUUUGCUCUGUUAAUAAUGUUCUGGAAGGACCUUCAGCAUCGUGCAGCGGAACCGUGUCUGUUAAAGCAGAAUCUGGCAGGAACACUGCUAACACUGGAACAAGUGGUGGAAGUGACAUUUCAAAAUCUCUUGGCCUAAACAGUGUUGUUGCUGGAAGCAGUAAUGCAAAUGCAUGUACUGACGGCUUACAUCGUCUUGAAAACGACUGUUCAGGAUACUACCAGUGUUCCGGAGGAGUCAAGUAUGACCCACAACACUGCCCCAAGGGCCUUUUGUUUCAUGACCAACACAAGUACUGUGACUGGCCGUACAAUGUGGACUGCAAAAAUAAAACAAACUGACGGGAUAGUUUUUGUACAUACAUGUUUCUGUUUAAAAUAAAAUUAAUUAGUAGUA